ACCAGCUCGAAGGAACCAGAAUGUUCCACUGCAGGUGCGGCGCGUGCUCUUGCGGAAUCUGAUUGGCUGUCGGCUGCUGAGGAAAUCAGGAAUAAUCGGCUUCCUGCAGUGUUCACACGCAGAGGCGCUCUCUCUCAUACACACUUCAUCUCAUCACACACGCAGAGCGGAUUAACCGGCACGGUUUAGGAAAAAAAGCACCAGACACCAUGUCAAAGGGAACUGCAGUUGGCAUUGAUCUAGGGACCACUUACUCCUGUGUGGGAAUCUUCCAGCAUGGCAAAGUGGAAAUCAUUGCUAAUGACCAAGGAAACAGGACCACACCAAGCUAUGUGGCCUUCACGGAUACUGAAAGGUUGAUUGGUGACGCAGCCAAGAACCAAGUGGCCAUGAACCCCACGAACACAAUCUUUGAUGCCAAGCGUUUGAUUGGCAGGAGGUUUGAAGACGCCGUGGUUCAGGCUGACAUGAAACAUUGGCCUUUCAAGGUCAUCAGUGAUGGUGGACGUCCCAAAGUGGAGGUUGAAUAUAAAGGAGAGACUAAGAACUUCUACCCUGAGGAAAUCUCCUCCAUGGUGUUGGUGAAGAUGAAGGAAAUUGCUGAAGCCUACCUUGGAAAGUCUAUCAAUAAUGCUGUGAUAACAGUACCAGCUUACUUCAACGACUCUCAGCGUCAAGCCACAAAAGAUGCUGGAACUAUCUCUGGUCUAAAUGUUCUACGAAUUAUUAAUGAGCCUACUGCUGCUGCUAUUGCCUAUGGGCUGGACAAGAAGGUUGGUUCUGAAAGGAACGUCCUCAUCUUUGAUCUCGGUGGUGGCACCUUCGAUGUGUCCAUCCUGACUAUUGAAGAUGGCAUCUUUGAGGUCAAAUCCACUGCUGGUGACACUCAUCUGGGUGGUGAAGACUUCGACAACCGCAUGGUGAACCACUUCAUUGCUGAGUUCAAACGCAAGUACAAGAAGGACAUCAGUGACAACAAGAGAGCUGUUCGCCGUCUGCGCACUGCCUGUGAGCGGGCCAAGCGCACCCUGUCCUCCAGCACUCAGGCCAGCAUUGAGAUCGACUCUCUUUAUGAGGGUGUUGAUUUCUACACGUCCAUCACAAGAGCUCGCUUUGAGGAGCUCAACGCUGACCUCUUCCGUGGAACCCUGGACCCUGUUGAAAAAUCUCUCCGUGAUGCCAAAUUAGACAAAGCUCAGAUCCACGACAUAGUCCUGGUUGGUGGCUCUACCCGCAUUCCCAAGAUUCAGAAGCUCCUUCAAGAUUUCUUCAAUGGCAAGGAGCUCAAUAAGAGCAUCAACCCUGAUGAGGCUGUGGCUUACGGAGCAGCUGUCCAGGCUGCCAUCCUCUCUGGGGACAAGUCUGAGAACGUUCAGGACCUGCUGCUGCUUGAUGUCACCCCUCUGUCUCUUGGAAUUGAGACUGCUGGUGGGGUGAUGACUGCUCUGAUCAAGCGCAACACCACCAUUCCAACCAAGCAGACCCAGACUUUCACCACCUACUCAGACAACCAGCCUGGUGUGCUGAUUCAGGUUUACGAGGGUGAGCGUGCCAUGACCAAGGACAACAACCUGCUGGGUAAAUUUGAGCUUACUGGAAUCCCACCUGCUCCUCGUGGUGUUCCCCAGAUUGAGGUCACAUUUGACAUUGAUGCCAAUGGCAUCCUUAAUGUCUCUGCUGUUGACAAGAGCACUGGCAAAGAGAACAAGAUCACAAUCACGAACGACAAGGGCCGUCUCAGCAAGGAGGACAUUGAGCGCAUGGUGCAGGAGGCUGAGAAAUACAAGGCGGAGGAUGAUGUGCAGCGUGAUAAGGUGUCUGCCAAGAAUGGCCUGGAGUCCUAUGCUUUCAAUAUGAAGUCCACUGUAGAGGAUGAGAAGCUGCAGGGCAAGAUCAGUGAAGAGGACAAGCAGAAGAUCCUGGACAAAUGCAAUGAGAUCAUUAGCUGGCUUGAUAAGAAUCAGACUGCAGAAAAAGAAGAAUAUGAGCAUCAGCAGCAGGAACUGGAGAAAGUCUGUAACCCAAUCAUCACCAAACUGUACCAAAGUGCUGGAGGCAUGCCAGGUGGAAUGCCAGGUGGCUUCCCUGGAGCUGGUGGUGCUCCCUCUGGUGGUGGAUCCUCUGGACCAACCAUUGAAGAAGUUGAUUAAAGAUAAAUUAGCAAUGACUUAGAUUAACUAUAUUCUGUUAAUCCCAGUAGGCCUGAUCUGUAUGCAGUGACCUAUGACUACUUAAUAGCUAUUUUGUGAGCUGACAAAAAUGCACUUUAAAAGAAGGAAAAGUAUGAAAACAUUACACUAAGUGAAAAUAGACCCCUAACUGUCACAUUUUGCUUUUGUCAUUCAAUGUAUUGUAACCAAUUGUUUUAUUUAUCAUAAUCUAUAUUGCUAGUGAUGAGUGUUGCCUAUUGUACUACAGUCUAAUUGUGCUAUUGCAUCACUUCCAAAAAUACAGCCAUUUAAUACAGUGUAUUGUAUGUGAGGGGGUAAGUCAGGUUGUUUGGAUUUAGAGGUCUUACAUAUUUAAUGUGUACCAACAAUGUGGGAACACUUUCUUCAUUUAUUCAUUUUCAGUGAUCACUGGGCAUCAGGCAUGAGGAAUACACCGUUUUACACAUGCAUUCACACACUCGUUCCAAUGUGAGAAGAUUCUAAUUCAGUUUAUUUUAUUGGUCAUGUAAACCAGAGGCAGGGAUUCUGCUUCCCCAAGUAAAAAUUAACUCCUUUGGUUAAUUGUAGUUUGUAAUACUGCACCAUGUGGGUCAUGCAUGCUUUACAAUGAGGAAAUCAACUUCAAGAAAACUGCAUUACACUGUAAGAAAAGAUUGUCCUGUAACAAGAAGCUGAGUAAAUAGCUAUUUUUAACAUGAUUAUAUAAAUGAAUGGUUCU